GGAAAUGUUAUAAAAUACUUCAACAGAGAACUGGUUUUGGAUUCUUCCAUACUAUAACGUAAAAUGAUGUUUUCACAAGGAAAAUUCACGUCAAGUACUGAGAAGUAAGAAUGCAUUUUAAGGAUAGGCUCAUUCGUUGGCGUGAGUGAAUCUUAUUGGAAUGGGUUUACUUUGAAAACAAUCAAUAACUUUGGUUUUUGCACCUUAUUGUGUAAUUCUUGGGAUUUUUUUGAUAUACCGUCCUAAUUGUUGGUUUGGAAAAAACUACAAAAUUUAAUUUAGGGGCGGGAUAUUCGGCCAAAAUUUUUCUGUGAUAGGUACACAAUUGAAAAAAUAGACCUAAUGUUGUUGAAAUCAUUAAAGAAAUCCUCUAAUAAAUUUGAAAUUCUUCUACGCAAUUAGACCAUAAAAACAUAUUUUUUUCUUCAGUUAUCUUAAUAUCUCCGCUUGAAGGAGAUAGAAAUUGCGCCUUUCUUCUUUUAAAGCAUAUUCAGCUAAUUUAGUAUGCUAGGAGAUUUUGCCAAAGAAAUCACUCUCCAUUCUCCUAAUUUACUGAAAUAGAUAAUAGUAUAUUUGCUAGGGACUCUUUUUUCUAAAGAAUUUAAUAUUCUAUGAAAACUUUUUUCAGCCGGAUGCUUAGAGUUAAUAGUUUUCGAGAUGAAAUACAAUUGACAAUACAAAAUGAAUAUUGACAAAACAAAAAUAAAAAAAAUAUUCAUUAUUACUCUUUAUCUUAUUUAUAAAAUUAAUCAUCGAAAUUACAAGGAUUGGGACGCGGAGUUUUCAUAUACAUAAAUACAUUAGUUUUUUCAAAAUAAAAAUGCAAUUUAUAUGAGUCAGUUGGUGCGGCAAAAUUUGUAUACCUACCAGCAAAUGUGCAAAUCCGCAUUCUUACCUAACCAAACCUAAUCUUCUGAAAUAAAAAUAUAUUUGUGAAGGACCUAUUUUCUAGAGAAUUCAAUUUCUUAUGAGAAUUUUUUCUAGCCGAAGUAUAUAGUUUUCGAGAUGAAUUCAAUCAAUUGAAAAUGGAAAAAAAUCUUCAUUAUUACUCCAGUUGUUAUAUUUGUAAUUUUAUAAAAUUCAUCAUCGGAACUAAAAGGAUUAGAAGCCGUGAGUUUUCAUAUACCCACAUAAAUACAUUAGUUUUUUUCAAAAUAAAAAUGUAAUUUUUAUGAGAAAGUUUGGGCGGCAAAAUUUGUAUUCCUACCAGCAAAUGUGUAAAUCCGCCUUCUUACCUAACCAAACCUAACUUUCUAAAAUAAAAAUAUAAUUGUGAAGAACCUAUUUUCUAAGGAAUUUAAUUUCCUAUAAGAAUUUUUUCUAGCCGAAGUUUAUAGUUUUCGAGACGAAUUCAAUCAAUUGAAAAUAGAAAAAAUCUUCAUUUUACUCUAGUUGUUAUAUUUGUAAUUUUAUAAAAUUCAUCAUCGGAAUUAUAAGGAUACGAAGCAGUAAGUUUUCAUAUACAUAAAUACAUUAAUUUUCUCGAAAUAAAAAUUUUAUUAAAAUGAGGCAAAAUUUUAAAAGCCUACCGACAAAUGUGUAAACCAGCUACUAGUUUUGAUAUAAUUCCUGAAGAGUCUCCAACAUAAAGAAAAUCUUGAUAUUAUGAGCAUUGCAUUUGAACACUUUUACAAAAGGUAUGUUUCAUUUUUUACUAACAUAUUUUCUUGAAUAUGAAGACGAAGAUUUUCUCUAAUAUCGUGCACUUAGUUGCGUUUGUUUAGUCACUAUUUUAUUUUUCGGACUGGGUUUACCUUUCAAAAAUAGACUGCCAUUGAAAUUAUGUCAGGGAGAACUAGUUUUGCUUUUUCCAUUUCUCCUUUCACCAUCAGGUAGUACCUUGUCGACAACGGUACCACCCCCUCUACCAACGGUACCAAACUCCAAUAGGAAAGCAUUUUGCGGCACCUCAGUAAAUUUUACAAAAGAACAAUGCGACAAUUGUGUUAUCGGCUUAUUGUAUACUUCUUCCACUAUUUCCAUGGGUAGACCAGGUAGUACUGCGCUAUUCAAGUACUUCUCAACCGGCCAAUAAUCGAAGACUUCUCCCGUACACGCCCCGCCUUAACAUUUGUCUUCAACAUCGUGGUGUGUGUCAUAUCCAUCAAAUAAAAGAGAUCGCAAAACCUAUCUCACACGUACUACGAAACUAGAAGGUACUCUUAGGACAUCGCUAGAGUAGAGAAGCUCGAUUUUUAGUGGCAUCACGUUGAGCUUUGCGCGUGUACGGGUUGAGUUUUCAGUUUGAGUCUGACCGUCGUCCGUGUAAGUUCGCGAAAUUGAACGGGUACCAUUUUUCGAGUGGGUACUACCAAUGUUAAGUUGGGGGAGGUGCUGUUUGUUAUGUUUUGCCAACCGACCAGGAUACCUGGUUUAGCGACCAGAGUUAACAGCGUUCGUUCCAUCCUCUUCAUGCUAAUGGCGAUAGGGUCUAUCACGCCUUGCAUUGCAGAAUGCAAUACAACUCAGUGGUGGACAGAUCCCUGUAAAACCGAAGUACACGUCCAAAUGGAGAAAUUCAGACAUGGUAGAAGUGUGAAGGAGCAUAGAGGAUUCGUAAUGGAGCAACUCAGAGGGUCCAUCAACAGAAGUAGAGGCCUCCUGAAAGAUUUAGGAAGGUUGUACAUCAAUGAGACUCACAAUCUCAAAUACCAUCGCCAAAACCUCCAAUGGCUGAAUGUUGUCCCGAUGAUCAGAAAUAUUAGCCAUCCCAGAAGAUUCGAAAGAAAACUGAGGAAGCUUCAUACCACCUUGCAGUACUUUGCAGGAGCACUAGAAGUACUUUCAUGUACUCCGAUUAAAUCUCCGGGAUACUUUGACAAGGUCAAACGGGACAAAAUCCUUUACGAUGCCAAAAACAACCUCAGGGCUCUCAUUUGUGAGGUUAAAUUAGCUGUACCCAACCAAACUACUAGGAAGAUACCUUUGGAAAAAAUGGGUAUAACUCUACCCUCUGAGAUGAAUCUUACGGAGUCAUUUUUUUACGACCUCCAAGUAUUGAAAAAUUUAAAAUGGUUUUUAACACAAUUGAAAAACAAGGCACUCAAAGGGAAGAAGGGACCACGCAACCGCAAUAGAGUGUUAGAAAUUAGGAAACCCUAAAUGAUAUUUUUUAUAAGUCUUCUCAUUCUGUGAUAAUACUUCUAGGACAUUUGUGAUAUAAUCGAUUCUCCUAAUCGAUCCAAAAAAAAUUUGUGUGAAUGUGACUGAGGAGAGACUUAGUAGCGUAGAGGCGUUUUUAUCGGACGCAAUUUUACAGUCUAAAUAGUUGCUAAUCACACAAAAACUGAUAAUAAAUGAGCUGCAUUGAUACUUUCAUUUCAAAAUAGUGAGACAGCUAAUUUGAAGUAUCACUCUACCGCUAGAUUUCAUACACAUUUGAAAUAUCGGUAAAGCUUCAUUGAAAUUGAGUCAUUAACGGAUAGUAAUCUCGAAGGCAAUUACAGAACGAAUAAAACGAAUAAAAAAAAUUUUUACUUCGAAUCCACAGUUCAUGUUUCUUAGAUUAAGUCUCAACAAGCUCAAUUCAUAUUGAUCUUUUCAACUGACAAUAUCAGUAUUCAUUGUAUAUUAUGUAUAGUCAUUGUAUAGUUUUAUAGCUAGGAAAGAAUUUCAACGUAUGACAUUCCAUUUGUAUAUUAUUUAUUUAAUUUAUUGUGCAUAAUUUAUUUUCUUUCCACUGUGGCAUUCAAGAAAACCUUUUAGUAUUAUUGUAUAAAAAGUGAACGUGUAGGAUGUAAAUUUGUAUUUAUGUAUGAAUGUGAAUAGUUCCUUUUUUACUUUUGUAUUUAUUUUGUACUUAAUAAAAAAUGUUGAUAUAA